AUGACAGCAAUCAAAUAUUUGCAUAAUAACAACAGAGUUCACGGUGAUAUUAAACCUCAAAAUUUAUUAGUUUUUUCAUUAAAUAAAAAAGAUGAUGUUGUCUGUAAAUUAUCUGAUUAUUGGAAUAUUCAACAAAUAACAGGAGUUUCUUCAGAUAUUAUCACUGAUGAUGAAAUGAUUUCAGUUGCUAUUUUCCAAGCACCAGAAGUUCUUAAAGGAAAAGAACCUACUAAAUCGUCUGACAUUUAUUCUCUUGGAAUGUGUUUAUUAGAAAUCUUUCAACAACAUGAAAUAUAUCAAGACAAACCAUUCGUUAAUGGUUGGGAUGCUGCUGUCCAAGUAGCAAAAGGAAAACGUCCUAAUUUUGAUCCUGAUUUUAACGAACAAAUAACUUCGAUCAUUAAACAAUGUUGGCAACAAGAUAAAGAUGAACGUCCAUCAAUUGACGAAGUGAUUAACCAAUUCCAAUCCAUUGAAUUCUAA